AUGGACGACGGUGCGCGUCAGCACAUGCGCGAUGUCAUGGCCAAGUGCCGCAAGCGGACCGUGACCACCACCCCAUCCGCUAACGCCGAGGUCGUCGCGACCCCCGAUUUGGCUACCGUGCCAUCUGGAGAUGCGGCACCGCAGGCCGCCGCGUCUCCUGCCAUGCCGCAGCGGCAGCAGCCACCACCACUGGGGCUUCACCACUUCUUCAGCCGCGACAUCGCCUUCUCACACCGCGAUUUGCACAAGGCACUUGUGGAUAUCGAGGCUUCCAUCAAAACAGGAGAGCGCUCUGUCUUCCUCUACACUGGCCGUGGCCCCAGCGCUGGCACCAUGCACUUGGGCCAUGUGCUGCCCUUCAUGCUAACCAAGUACCUCCAAGACGUCUUUGACCUUCCGCUCGUUAUACAAAUCACAGAUGACGAAAAGUUCCUCUUUCGCGACGUCCCCUUUGAGGGCGCGAAGGCGGAUGAGCUCAUCCGCAGCAACAUCAAGGAUAUCAUCGCCUUCGACUUCAGCCCGCGCCACACCUUCAUAUUCCGCAACACGCACUACAUGGGCCACAUGUACCCGACAGUGCUCCGUCUGCAGCGUAGCAUGACAGGCAACGCAGUGAAGCACACGCUCGGCAUCACAGACAACGAUAACGUCGGCAAGCUCGCCUUUCCUGCCACCCAGGCUGCUCCGUGCUUCAGCACCGCUUUCCGUCGUGUUCUGCAGAACGGCGACAGGCCGAUGCGGUGCCUGAUUCCCUGCGCCAUUGAUCAGGACCCUUUCUUCGUUCUCACCCGCGCCGCCGCGCUGCGGCUGAAGCAGCUACCACCGGCCCUGCUUCACACCAAGUUCCUGCCGGCGCUCAAAGGCUUGGAACACAAGAUGAGCAGCAGUGCAGAGGAGAACGGCGUCAUUACCCUACAUGACACAGAUAAGCAGGUGCGUAAGAAGCUACGCCGCGCCUUCUCGGGCGGCUGCGCCACCCUAGAGCAGAUGCAAGAGACGGGCGCCAACCUGGAGGUGGAUGUGGCAUACCAGUACCUGCGGUUCUUCUGCCCUGAUGACACACUCUUCGCCGACGUGACGCAGCGCUACCGUAGCGGCACCCUGAAUAGCGGAGAGGUGAAGGAUCUGGCGGCGGAUUGCAUCAUCCGUGAGGUGCUGCACAAUUGGCGGGAGCGGCGUGCGACGGUGACGGACGAUGACGUGAUGGAGUUCUGCAGUAUCCGCGACAUUCUUCUCUGA